UUUUUGUUGUGCUUUCUUUUUUGUUCAGGCGUUUUAUAAAUAUAAUAACCUUCCUUUGCUAUACUACAGUGCUCUUCCGCCUUGACUCCACCAGAACAUCCUUUUUAUCUGAGCUACGAGUAGACUUUAGAGCGAGUAUCCACAUGGUGGCAUAUACGAUUGUCCGGCAGUGAAGCUGGCCAAACAGGAGCCGCAAGAAUGAGGGUGCGGACAGGAUACGUUGGGGUCGUCAACUAUUCGUUUUAGACAAUUACGUAGUCCGGUGGCAGCAUGGUUGUGGACAAAAGACCAGGGCCCAGAGUAGAAGCUCCGCGCUGCUAUAUAGAUGGUGGUCAAGCUUCCCAAGCAUUCGAAGAUGGCUCCUACUCAAGGCGGUACUCAAGGCGGUGUUGACUACAAGCUCACUACGUUUUUGCAAGGCUCUUUAACUCUGGAUGACUACGUCUGGUCUCAAGAGGAGUGGCCAAAGGUUGCUUACAACGAUUACAACGACGAGGACACCGUCCCCAUCAUCGAUAUCUCGUUGCUGAGGUCCGAGGAUGCCGCAACCAGGUCAAAGGGGCUCAAGGAUCUCAUGGAAGCCGCCAGAGAGUGGGGAUUCUUCCGGCUUGUUAACCACGGGGUUCUAAGCGAUGUUACUGAAAAGCUGGAGUCGGACGGGAAGGAGCUCUUUGCUCUGCCGCUGGAGCAAAAGAAGAAGGCAGUGCGGCUUCCAGAGAGCAUAAUUGGUUACUACUUUGGAGCCGAGUCCGUCUUCUCCAAAGCAUGGCUGGAAGCGUUUCAUUUCUCGGGUGACAAGGAGGUCACAGACAACAUGAUCCGGCAAGUUUCUCCCGAAAACUUUAAUGAGCUAAGUGCGAGCGUUCAUAACUACAUCGAUGCCUACCAAAAGCUCGCGAUCGAGGUCGUCGAGCUCAUGGCCAUUGCGCUUGGACUGGAGCCUUCGACGUUUAGCAAGUACACUGCUACAAAAGGCGACAAGUCUACAGUUCGCGUUUGCUACUAUCCGCCGUGUCCUCAGCCGCAGCAGACUCUGGGACAGCGUCCACACGCCGACCCGAUCCUCAUCACCAUCGUUCACCAAGACGACGUUGGCGGCCUCCAGAUUCUCAAGAACAACCGAUGGAUCGCGGUCAAGCCCGAGCCUGGCACCGUGGUUGUCAACGUUGGAGACACUCUCCAGGUGCUGAGCAAUGACAUCUAUCCCAGCGUCCAGCACCAGGUUGUGCUCAACAGCGAGCGGAGCCGACUGUCCAUGGCUUUCUUCCUCAUCCCCGAGGCCAACGCUCUCAUCGUCCCGGCAAAAGGGCUCGUGGACGACGAACAUCCGGUGAGGCACCCACCUUUCAUCUACAGGGACUAUCGCAAAUCUUAUGGAGAGCGAAGAGCAGUCGGCAAGAGCCACCUUGAAUCGUUUUACACGCUCAAAGACGCAUAGGACGACUUAUAGAUAAUUGUUCUACUUUGUUUUCCCAUAUACACUUUUGCUAAUAGAAAAGAAUAAGAAGUUUUCUUGUUUA